AUGAUGUAACAGGAACUAAUGAACCUCUUACUAAAUAAUGAUACCAUAUUUAGACCUUAGAUUUAAAUUAGACAUGCAUCAUCUCACAAAGAUUCAGAGUGCAUUUCGCAUCACAUCCUUGAUAGAUAGACUAAUAAAAAUAUUGGAAGUGAAAUCAAUGUUUGUUUAAGGGAGAAAUAUAGUAUCAUUUUUAUGAGAGGUCAUCACACCUAUAGAGUAACGGAGGUUAUAUGUUUAUCAAAAUAAGAUCAAACCAUCUUCAACUUAAAGUUAUUAGUUUAAUAAGACCACAGAAAGUAACUAUCUAAUGAGAUAGGGUGUUAUAUAUAAUAUUCACAUCUGUAAGCAAGAAAUAACAAGACUAUAUUUGAAAUUUAUGAUUCUUUAAUUUAAAAAUUUGGAAUCAAUUGA